AGUCUGGCUCCCUUCGUCUCCAUUCUGUUGCUGUACCAACGACACCGCCACCGCCACCCCCCAACCUCUCCUCUCCCCCCGAAAUCCUCGUGAAUCUCUCGUUCUCGCCGCGCCGACGACGACGAGGCUGCCUCGGAUGCUCCCGGCCUCGCACCCGCUCCUCUACGCCUGCGCCUACCGCGACAGCGCCCUCGUCGCCGAGCUCGCGCACGCGGACGACGGCGGCGGGGGCGGGGGCGGCGGUGGCCGCGGCGGGGACGACGACGUCCCGGCGGUCGCGGCGGCGCUGGUCGCCGAGGCGCCCGCGCACCACCGGCACGUCACCCACACCGCGUCCGGGCGGGCGCACGCGGUGCUGCUCGCGCCGCCGCUCGUGCUCGCGGCGGUCUCGCGCGCGCCGCAGCUCCCGUCGUCGCACCUCCUGCUCUUCCUCCGGAGACUGCGAUGCCUCCCGGGGCACCGGAUGCGGGACGAGAUGCCCCGUCUGGCGCUCCGCCUGCCGUUCCCCGACGAGGAGGCGCUCGCGCGGGAGUCCGGCGAGGUCGCCGCCGUGGAGGCCGAGGCGGAGGAGGCGGAGCGGAGGGAGGGCGAGCUCUCGAGGAGGACGCCCAAGAGGGAGCGCCGGGCCCGCGGCGGCGGCGCCGGGUGGACGUGGAGGCGGAAGCUUUGGCUCAUCGUCCUCGCGGAUCUGGUGCUCCUCUGCGUCCUCUUCGCUGCCUGGCUCGCCGUGUGCAAGGGAUUCAGCUGCAUUGGCCGGUAAAUAGGUAAAAAGAGUGCUAGGUUUCAAGACAAAAAAAUGUGGAGAUUAUUGAUGCAGUACUUUCUCCUCAUGCAUAAUGCAAUUGAAAUUGGAAAGUGGUGGCCAUGUGAUCUGCCAGGAUUGCAAAGAUAAAGGCAAAAAGGGUACAGGCACUCAUCGGCGACUGUUACUUCCUGUUAUAUGAAACAUCUUUGAAAAAUGAAGCCCAAUGGCCUUGCUAGACUUCAUAAGUUUGAAUUUGUUGGUUUGGUUGAGGACAUCUGUAAACCCAGUAGUGUAAUUUUUUUGUUCAUUUACUAUACAAAGCAAACGUUGAAAUUUUGCCUCAUCGAGCUUGUUUCCCACAUUUUGUUCAGGACAGAACCAAAUACAUCUGAAUUCUACUGUUAUUACCUUCCACAAUA